CGGACGCGUGUGGACGUCGUUUUGCGCCAAACCGCUUCGAAUCACAAGAAGUUUGUAAUUCCGAAUCGGUUUUUAUUCGGUUUAAUCGGUUGAUUCGAAACGAAUUCUCGGGCCGUGCAUGUGUGAAAGUGAAAACGAAAUGAAGAAUGAAAAUGAGCACGGUGCAUGAGUUUCCUUGACGUUCGAUUCGGAAAAUCCAUCCCAAGAAAACUGAAAAGAGCGUGCGAAAGCAGAAAGGCCAAUAUAUUUUUCAACCAAAAGCACACAAUCUAACCCGCUAAAAUGUCCGCCAAGACGUCGCCAUCGUCCACUUCCCGAGAUGGCAACGUGGGAUCCUCAAGUUCGAUUCCCGUGCAGAUCAAAAAAGAACUGCCCAGCGAUGAGAUAAAGGAAUUCGCACACAACACCAUGAACGAGCUGCUCGGAUGGUACGGAUUCGAGGGUGUGGACGUGGAUCGUCUGGAUCUAACCGCCAAGACAUCGCGCCUGCUGCAAAGUGCCGCUGCUGCCGCAGUGGCCAAUCAACAGCAGCACCACCAGAGCCACCCACUGCAUCAGUUGGACCAGCAUCCGAUUCUGGAGAGGAAGCGGGGCAGUCUGUUGCGCAGCAGUCGCAGUUCCUUGGCAGCAGCCUACCACAACAAUAAUAACAAUGGCAGCAGCAACAAGAAUAAUGGAUCAGGUGGAGGGGGAGGCGGUACUGGAGGUGGGAGUGGACGCAAGGGCGGUCUGAUGAACUGCAGCAGCACCACCACCACGCCCUCGGACCACGACACUCGGAGCUCACGGGAGGAGGACUCCAAGAGUCCGCACUCCAUCGGAAAACCAGCGGGAGUACCGCACACGGAGGAGAAAAUAGACUUCAGCAACUGCUGCUGGUGCCAUCGACCGAUCGCGGAGAAUGCGCCGGACUACCUGACCAGCUGCGACGGACCGCGCUACUGCUCCGAGUCCUGCUUCGCCCAGAGCAGGAGGGCCUCCUUCAAGAAGGCCAAGACCUGCGACUGGUGCAAGCACGUCCGCCAUGCGGUGAGCUACGUGGACUUCCAGGACGGCGCCUCCCAGCUGCAGUUCUGCUCGGAGAAGUGCCUCAACCAGUACAAGAUGCAGAUCUUCUGCCACGAAACGCAGGCCCACCUGGACAUGCAUCCGCACCUGCGGGAUCAGGCCUUGGACGCGGGCAGCGAGGCGGGACUGAUUACGCCGGAUCUGUGGCUGCGCAACUGCCGCAGUCGCUCCGCUUCGCCCGCCUCCACGCUUUCGGUGUCGCCGGGUCCGGGUCCUGGUCCUGGACCUGGUCCUAUCCCAUCUGCCCCCCAGUCGCCGCCGCCUAGUCAUCAGCAUCCCAGCAAACCCCUGAUCUCAGUGGCCCCCGUCUCGAAGUUGCUGGCCCAGAAGAGUCCAAGUGCGGCAGGAGCUCCGCCUCCUCCGCCGCCGCCUGUCCAGCGGCAUUUGGGUUCGAAGUUGGGACGCCGAAAGCGGCGAGGUCUCUCCACCUCCUCGGGCUCGGAAACAGUGGCCAGUUUGCUGCAGAAACAGCAGCAGCAGCAGCAGCAGCAGCAGCAGCAACAUCAGCCAGGUCCAACUCUAACGGCUGACUUUGCCGGAUCCAGUGUGCCAUUGCCUCCUCUCUCGCCCAUGCCAAAUAUGCAGGAGUCUCCACAGCAGCAGCAGCAGCAGCCGCAGCAGCAGCAGCAGCAGGGUCCUGCUCCUCAAGGACCAACCCAAGGAUUGCCAAGGGGAGCCACGGCCAUUCCGGCCAGCUACUUUGCCACGCCCUCGAACGGCGUGCCCAUGGGCCAUCCCUUUGUGGGCCGCCCACCACCGCCACCGCAUCACCACUUUAUGCAUCCGCCGCCGCCGCAUGGCAUGAUGCCCCGGGGAUUUGGUCCUCCCUUCGGGCCACCACUUCCGCCGCAAAUGCCCGAGCUGGGCGCCCUGCUCGGUGCCGUUCCGCCGGUGACCGUGAUGGUGCCCUACCCGAUCAUCAUACCCCUGCCCAUACCCAUACCCGUUCCGCUGCCGGUGAUGGAUUUCUACAAGGCACAUCUGACGCCCGAGCAGCGCAAGCGUUUCGACGAGGAGCGCGCUGCCCCAAACAGGGGUGCAAAUCCAGGAGAGCAGCAGGAGCAGCCACAGCCGCUGGACUGCAGCAAGGCCAGAAGUGAGCCGGAGGAGGAGAAGCCCGAAGUGGAGCCAGCCCAGCCCAAGGAGCUAGACAAUGAGCAGGAGCAGGAGCAGGAGCAGGAGGAGGAGGUGAAGGAAUCCAUACCAAAGACACAACCAGAAAGGGACACCACCACCCCGGCUUCGCCGUCCAAUUCACAGGAGUCCGCUUCGUCGUCCUCGCCGCAGGAGACGCACUGCAUUGUGCGGGAUGCGACGCAGUCCGAACCGGAGGCGGACAGCCAGAAGCUGCCCAAGCUGAAGAUCACGCGGCUGCAGACCAAGCGGACGCUCAUCCAAACCAAAGAGGCGGCGGCCGAGUGCAGUCGACCGCUGCGCAAGCGCAAGAGGAUCAUCGACUGCGAUUUCCAGAAGAUGGCCGUCAAGGAGCGUGAGGAAGUGACCACCGAUGGCCACCAGAGCAAUGGAAGCAAUGGGAGCCACUCCAAGGAGGCGGAUGCCGAUGCAGAGUGCAAUAUGAGCAGCAGCAACCACAGCCACAGUAGCAACAGUAGUGGCCAUGCUAAAGCUAAAAAGUAGACUUAGACCUUAGGAUUUACCCUUAAAAAGUAGUAGAAUGUAUUUAUCUAUGUAUGUGUGAGUGUGUCAGUGUGUAUGUGUAAGCGGAAACGGAAAUGGAGGCCACAGAAACUGAGAGAGAGAGAACGCGAGAGAGAGAAAGGCACAAAGUGCAUGCGGUAAACAGAAUUGAAUCUUAAUAAACUAAAAUAUAACUUAUUAGACGCCAUACCUUUCUUCUGGUUGGCAAUAAUCAUAAA